AUGUCAGAGAAGAAAAGAGUGCACGGUGCUCCACUAAUCUACACUCCCAUGGAUUCUUCUGGUAACGAUUUCUCUCAAGACCCAUCGGGGCUACAACAUCUUGUUUGGAAUGACACCACCGGCUGGAGCUCAGAGUUCUGGCCGGAAUGGCCCGAUACGCUUGGGCUUGAGCUUCUUGACGAUGUUGUCAAUCCAUCAAGUUCGACUCACCAACACAAUGUGGACAAUGCCAACGUUGCUCAACUUUCCCUGCCAUCUCUUGACCACGAACUAGCACCUGCUCUGUCUGGCUAUCAUCCUGAGUUGCCUACCAUAGCUGGAGCAAGGGAUCCGUUCUUUGGAUCUCUCGAGCCUCUGCCAUUCUCUGAUGUUACUCUCGAUGAUCUUGUUGCCGCAGGCCCUCAUCCAGUCGCCACACCUCAAGAUAUUGAGCAAACUUCCCAUCUGCUUCAUCCGCAGUCACACCCAUGCGACACACUCACAGUCGGCAGGACACUUACACCGUCAACUGUGCAAGUCCUGAACACUAGACGGACAAGCCCGCAAAGCAGCGCAACCGCGCAGCCUGACUCAGAUACGACAAUAAACUUGGAGCCCCCGAUCGCUCGUCAUGGUCAGAGUGGUCAGAGGGUGGGACGCCGUAAACGGGGCAACACUUCACCCGAGAACGCUCCAUCGGACGAGCCUAUGACCAAGCGGCGAACUCUACCUUCCAGCAACCCCAAAUUUACAUGGAACGUGAAGGACGGCAGUCAUUCAAGCUUCAUCACCUUUGAUUCAGCUGCAAACGGUAAGGCGAAGAACCGUAGAUCGGCCUUCACACCCCAGAAGAGGAAGGAUGUUGCAGAGCUGCGCAAGCGAGGCGCCUGUUUCAAAUGUAAAAUGUGGCGGAAAGCGUGUGAUCUUGGUACUCCCUGCCAGAAUUGCAAGAAUGAUCCGGAUAAAUGCCGUGAUCCGACGGUCGUUUUCAGCCAGCCUUGCUUCCGCUUGGAUCUCACGCAAUGCGGCUUCUUUCGCCUGAAAUCUGCCUUGUGGCGCCAACCACUUCGUGAGAGCAUGAGAUGGAUCUCGAAAUCACAGGUGCAACUAAGCGUACAGUCGACGUCCCUCCGCGAGGUUCAAGGGCCUUUUUUCGAAGUAGGAUGCUGUCAUUACUCCCCCGAGGUGGAUGAUAUCGUCCAAAGGAAAUGGGGACCAGAAACUCACCAAGUUCUGUCCAUUCCAACCUACUGCGCCUUCGAUCUGAGCGCCCUUCGAUCACGCCUAGCCGACAUAGUGGAAGACUACCGUACUUAUCAGCUCGGUCUAUUUAAUCAAGAUGCCGAAGAAUUCCCCGACAUUGUCAUCGCAACGCUAAGAGUCGCAAGCCGUCACGAGGCCAAACACCCGCUACUACGUGCAGCUGUGAGACUCUGGAUGGGAGCAAGGUUCCUGGCCGCACCCCGCUCCCUUCGUGGCAGGGAAACCCUCGGCUUGGAACCAAUCCAGGAUCCCACGGCCCAUGACAAGGACUACAUUCCCAUUCCUCCGAUGCUGGACUACCAAAUUGACACAUGCACGAUUAAUUGGAUGCAAGAGGUGACUAAGACUAUGCUCAAGGAACUCUGGAAGGCCUUACUGCGAAAAAACAAAGGCGAUUGGUUCCUGGUGUUCCUUAUCAUUUUCGUCCUGCUCAAUACAGCAGAGAUUGCGUAUGAAGCACAAUUACUCUACGUGCUCGAGCAUGGAGGCGCGGAUGCUGGCUAUUUUGGUCGGCAUAUAGAGCGGUUCUCUCGCCCCAUGCUGGAGCAGUGGAAGUGGUCUGCUCAACAUCUAGUAUUUGUCUUUCGGUACUAUAUCAGGCGAUGUUCCUUUGAGGAUGCUCCCAUCUUCUCACUCUCGCAAUUUGAGGAUGCGGCUGAAUGCGCGAAGCUUGACGGCACGGACCGUGAGUACUACAAGCGGCUCAUGGGAUGGCGUGAUGAUAUCCUGCAGCUGGAGCUGCAGCAGCGGCAGAAUGGAGGGUCAUCGACCACUGAAGAAGCACCCGUGAAGCAGACUUCGUGGUGCCGACAACUCUUGUUCGGGUUUGCUGAGAUCACUGACGAAUGGCCGACAAGGAUUGCCCAACAAGAGCACUCAUCCCUGGGCUAG